CCGACCACUUCACCCCUCCACUGUUACACUCAACUCUGUCUCCCUCCCCCUCCCUCCCCACACCCCUCCUCCUCCCCUACCGAGACGCCCUCCACAGAUCCAAACAGCAUCACCACCAUCGCCACCGCCACCACCGCCGCCGCGGCCCGGUGGAUCAUACAACUUGCAUGAUCAGUCCUGGAAGGAUCAGGGAUGGAAGAGCACCGUGAGGAAAGAUGCUGGGAGGACCUAUUGCCGGAUGCCCUGGGACUCAUCUUCCGCAACCUCUCCCUCCAGGAGAUGCUCACCGUGGUUCCCCGGGUUUGCAAGUCCUGGAGCCGGGUGGUCUCAGGGCCCUACUGCUGGCAGGAGAUCGACAUCCAGGAGUGGAGCCAGCAGCAGAACAAGCCUGACCAGCUCACCCGUAUGGUUCAUACGCUUGUCACCCGCAGCGGUGACUCGUUCCGCCGCAUUAGCGUGUCCGGGCUUCCCAACGACUCGUUGUUCACCUUCAUCGCGAACCACGCGCGAUCUCUCAAGACCCUGGAGCUUCCUCGGAGCGAGAUCAGCGACUGCAUCGUGGAAGACGUCGCGCAAAGGCUGUCCAACGUCACGUUCCUGGACGUCAGCAGCUGCACCAAGAUCGGCGCCCGCGCCCUGGAGGCGUUCGGCAAGAACUGCAAGUCCCUGGUGGGGCUCCGGCGGGUGAUGCACCCCAUAGACGUCGCCGGCAAGGUGUGCCAGCACGACGAGGCCCGCGCCAUCGCGUGCAGCAUGCCGAAGCUCCGGCACCUGGAGAUCGGGUACAUGCUGAUCGCGACCAACGCGGUGGUGGAGAUCGCGUCCCGGUGCCGCGACCUCAGCUUCCUGGACCUGCGCGGCUGCUGGGGCGUGGACGACAAGCUGCUGCAGGAGAAGUACCCGGGGCUCAAGGUCCUGGGCCCGCGCGUGGACGACUGCUACGAGAACAGCUUCCUGGAGGAGUGCUCCGACGACUCGGACGACGACUCCAUCUACUCGUGGGAGGAGUUCAUGGACGACGAGGACUACUUCGCCGCCGCCGGGAGCGACGAGGACGAGGAGGCCCUGUGGGCCGACGGCCACGCCCUCGAGGGGCUCGAGGUCAGGUUCUACGGCGGCGGGUUCGGCGAGGGCGCCUUCGCCGGGAUCGACUGGCCGGAGUCUCCAUGAAUGAACCAAGCCUUCCUCAUCAUCAAUAAGCCGUCAAGAGAAGUGAAGUCUGUCUGCCUGCUUGCUUCCUCCUGCUGCUGCUCCUGCUGCUGCUGUCUUUAUUAUAGCAUGCUUCAGCUCUGAAGCAUCUUCUUCCGUGUUCGUGUGCUUGUAAAAAUUGUGUCAAAUUGUGUUAUGUUUAGCUGCUUGCAGAUAUUGGCCCGGAUGUUGUGUGAGUGAGCUUGUCUGGAAUGUAAAGAACCUGUGGUGCUUAAAACAUGGAGCAACAAAUCAUCAAUAUGAACUGUUGAGAAUA